UAAAAAUAUUUAAAUUUUUUUUUUUUUUUUGCUACGAAUUGUGCACAUCAAAGACCGAUUCCCCAACAGAUAGGAAGCUAAAGCGCGCUCGAAAGCAUGCGAAUUCUGCAGACUCGAAUCAACAUGUUCGACGCGUCAAAAGUGCAUACAAGGAUUUUUGUUCUUUUACUUGUCAAUCUACUUGCUUUCAUAAGCGAUGUAAGCUCUCAAACAACGUCCACGGCCCGAUGCAAUGAGUGUUUUACAAAUGGCGUCGCCUGUUUGGACGAACAAAACUUUUCAGUUUGCAUAAGCGGCACGCCCAUCAAUAUACGUACAAGUUGUCCGACGGGUGCCGUGUGCACUGCUGAGGAGGAUAUUUGCGUGGCCACCGCACAAGGUGGCACUCCGGUGUGCUUUGUGAAUAGGUGUGGCCAGUGUCUGUCAGCAGAAAAGAAUUUCGCCUGUCUGGAUGAGAACAUUUACGCUCUCUGUUAUGACGGUGAAACACCAGAUACCAGCUCAAUGAAUUACUGUCCUCUGGGUAAUGUGUGUGACUUAACUAAUACAAAUAUUUGUUCACCAACGCAAAGCGCGACUCCUUCUUGUAUAUUAGAUACAACAACAACUGUUACUACUGAGACAACAACAGAUGCAACAACAAGCACAUCAACCGAUACAACAACGGCAAGCAGCUCAACUCUUACAACGACAGACACAACCAUCGAAACGACGACAGAUCUAACAACGGCCAGUUCAACCGAAACAACAACAACUGCUACUACUGAAACAACAACCGAAACAACAACUGGCUCUUCAUCAGAUAUAACCACAGAUAGCACUACCGAUUCAACAACAGAUACAACAACAAGCACAUCAAGCGAUACAACAACGUCAAGCAGCUCGACUCACACAACGACCACCGGAACGACGACAGAUCUAACAACAGCCAGUUCAACCGAAACAACAACAGCUGCCACUACUGAAUCAACAACCGACACUAAAACGGGAACAACAACAGAUAUAACUACCGUUACAACUACCGUUACAACUACUCCUUCAACAACUCCUGCAACAACUGAUACAACAACUCAAACUACUCAAGCUCCUAAAGAUCCAAAUACAUUUUGUACAGAAAUCGGUCGAAGUGGAAAUUUUAGAGCAGAUGGUGAUAAAACCUGUAAGAAAUAUAUUUAUUGUUAUGGAUUGUCAGGCCAAUUCUUAGGUUGGGAGUAUACUUGUGCCAAUUACUUUAAUGCAGCAACCGGAAAAUGCCAAACGGAACGGCCAGCUGAUUGCUAAGAGAGUUCGUACUUAU